GUAUUGGCAUUAUGCAUAGUGUUAUCCAUGUCUCGAGCGUAUACGUCACAGACUCGCCGUUGACAGGUCGGGGAGAUCUAUGGUUGGCGGUGAAAGUAAAAGGUUGUGGUGAUACGUUGGCGAGCCAAAUAAAUAGUGAUUACUGUGAUAAUAUUAGAGAUAUUACAAGUGGCGACGAGGAAAACUGACGCCCAAUACGGAUGUCACAAAAUGUCAUCUACGGCUCUAACAUUAGAGAAUUUUGAGUGCGAUGGAGAUGCUACCUCAGUGGUAGCAAGAUGGCAGCGCUGGAAGAGAGCCCUGUACAUUUUCUUAGAUGCUUCAGGGACGGAAAAAAGUGAAGUAAAGAGAGCGAAGCUCCUGCAUUUCGGAGGUUUUGAUCUUCAAGAAAUAUAUUACAACAUACCUGGAGCCAACGCUGAACCAGACAAUGAUGUUGAUGUGUUCAAGGUGGCAAUCGAGAAACUAGAUGCAUACUUUGCUCCAAAACAAAGUAAAAUUUAUGAGCGGCAUGUUUUCCGCUUAAUGAAACAAGAAACUGGGGAAAAAUUUGAGAAAUUUGUAGUACGCUUGAGGCAACAAGCAGAGAAAUGUCAAUUUCAUGAUAAUAACGAGAACAUAAUGGACCAAAUAGCAGAAAAAUGCUCAAACAUCGAGCUAAGGAAAAAAAUCCUUAAGACUGGCGAUGCAAUAACAUUGGACCAAAUAAUAAUGGAGGCCAAUACCUUAGAAUCUGUAGACAAGCAAUUAGAAGAAUUCGUCGGCAACAGAAACACAUUUACAAACCAAAGUGUAAACAAAAUUGAAAGCAGACGCUUGAAUUUUCGGAAUAAGAAACCAGAUACACACAAUACACCUUGUGGCAGAUGUGGAAACCAGACACACAAUUCUUUUGACAUAAACUGUCCAGCCCGCGCAAAAGAGUGCCUUAAAUGUGGUAUCAAGGGUCAUUUUAGACAAUUUUGUAGGACAAAGUACCCGACAAAGAGGAAAUUUGGAAAUGACAAUAAUUCCAAUGACAAUAAAUCAAAGACCUUUAGACCGAAUACAACAAGAACCAGUGAGGUCAAUCAAGUUGACCAACAAUCCAAUGAACGUGAUCCUCAGGAAAAAAUGUAUGUGUUCCACAUUGAUGAUGAUGUUGAGUUUGAUUGUAGCAUUGGUGGAGUUAAAACAAAAGUGCUAGUAGAUUCUGGUUGCAAACUCAACCUGCUAACUGAAAGUACCUGGAACAACCUAAAGAGCUCGCAAGUGAGCAUUAAUAAUCAGAUAGCUAACCCAGACGUGACACUUGUAGCAUACGGCAGCAACACACCAUUGGAUGUAAUAGGGUCUUUUGAAGCUCAUAUCAUUGUGGGAAACAAGACUCAAGAUGCUACAUUCUAUGUAAUAAAAAAUGGUACAAAAAACCUGUUGGGAAAAAAUUCAGCUAUGUCUCUGGGAAUACUGAAAAUUGGGAUCGAUGAUAUUAAUAAUGUAUCCACAGAAGUGUUCCCGAAGUUUAAAAAUAUUAUGAUCGAGCUGCCAAUUGAUGAUAAUAUUCAACCAAUUUCUCAACCGUACAGGAGAAUACCUAUACCCCUGGAAGAAAAGGUAUCUGAAAAAAUAGACGAAUUGGUUAAGAGGGAUAUUAUAGAAGAAGUAAGAGGUUCAUCUAAAUGGGUUUCACCUAUUGUACCCAUUUUAAAAGAAAAUGGAGAAGUUCGAGUUUGUGUCGACAUGAGACGGGCAAAUGAAGCGAUUGUUCGGGAAAACCAUCCACUACCUACCAUGGACAAACUACUACCGCAAGUUCGCCAGGCUAAGUACUUCACAAAAUUAGAUAUAAAAGAUGCAUUUCACCAAAUUGAAAUACACCCAGAUUCACGACACAUCACGACUUUUAUAGCCAGCAAAGGCUUAUUUAGAUAUAAACGCUUGAUGUUCGGUAUAUCGUGCGCACCCGAAAUAUUUCAAAAAAUUUUGGAAAGGAUGUUGUUGGGAUGUGAAGGAGUGGUUAAUUUUAUUGAUGACAUCUUAACAUUUGGAAAAGACUCAGUAGAACAUGACAUCAGACUUCAAAAAGUAAUGCAAACGUUAGAAGAAAAUAAUGUAGUAUUGAGAAAAGAAAAAUGCAUUUUCAAAGUAACGAAAGUUUGUUUCUUAGGUCACGAAUUGACUAGUGAAGGAGUAAGACCAUUGCCGAAAUAUGUUGAUACCAUUCAACAAUUUCGGCCACCGACAACUAUGGCCGAGCUACAAAGUUUUCUAGGACUGGUAAAUUAUGUCAGCAAAUGGAUUCCCAAUUAUGCAACACUGACGGAGCCACUAAAAACCCUAUUAAGGAAUAAAAACACCGCAGGUUCUGACAUAAGCAAAAUAUGGGGAACACAGCAACAGGAAGCGUUUAACAAUUUAAAGUUUGCGCUACAACACAUCCCGACCUUAGGAUACUACAACGUGAAUGAUCGAACGGUUGUUAUUGCAGAUGCAAGCCCUGUAGCCCUUGGAGCAGUUUUAAUACAAAUUAAUGAUAAAGGAGCAAGAAUAAUAGCUUAUGGACAUAAGACAUUGACGGGUUGUGAGCGCCGUUACUGUCAAACGGAAAAAGAAGCUUUGGCCUUGGUGUGGGCCGUGGAACAUUUCCAUAUGUUUCUCUAUGGAAAGGACUUUGAACUGGUGACUGAUCACAAACCGCUAGAAGUCAUAUUCGGUCCUAAGUCUAAACCAUGUGCCAGGAUAGAGAGAUGGAUCUUGCGCUUGCAAUCCUAUAGAUAUAAAGUAGUGUAUCAACCGGGUAAGAGUAACAUAGCUGACCCUUUAUCAAGGUUGUGUGAUUUACCAGAUCGGCCAGUGCCAGAAAUGCGAGACAACCACGUCCACCAAAUUGUUGAAUUCACAAGACCAAAAGCAGUAUCUAUGCAAGAAAUUAUAGACAGUUCGGGACACGAUCAGGAAAUCAAAAAGGUUAAAGCUGGUAUUUUUAAUGGAGAUUGGGACGAGGAAGUUAAAUUGUAUAGAAUUUUUCAAAAUGAACUUUGCUUUUAUGAGGGAAUUUUGUUAAGAGGAACACGGAUUGUUAUCCCAGCAAAAUUGCGAGAGCGGGUCUUGCAGGCGGCUCAUGAAGGUCAUCCUGGGAUUGUUGCAAUGAAAGCAAGGCUAAGGACUAAAGUGUGGUGGCCAGGAUGUGAUAAAGAUGCCGAGAAAAUAGUGAAAUGCUGCAAAGGUUGCACUUUAGUAGCUGCUCCAAACCCACCAAAUCCUCUUAAGCGAAGAUGCCUGCCAGAAGAACCUUGGGUAGAUAUUGCAAUAGACCUGAUGGGUCCUUUGCCAAGUAAUGAGUUCAUUCUCGUGGUGGUAGAUUACUUCAGCAGAUAUAAGGAGAUUAAAAUAUGUAGAAAAAUUACAAGUACAGAAAUUAUUAAUCAUCUCAAAGAAAUAUUUAGUCGGGUUGGCCAUCCUCUGACAAUAACCGCUGACAAUGGCAGACAAUUCACAAGCCUGGAGUUCAAAGAAUUUUGUGAAGAACGAAACAUAACCCUACAUAGCACUAUACCUUACUGGCCGCAACAGAAUGGCGAAGUGGAACGCCAAAAUCGUGACAUUCUAAAGCGAUUAAAGAUAAGCCAAACUGAAAGAAAAAAUUGGAAAGAGAGUUUGCUGGAGUACCUGAUAAUGUACAAUAGUACACCGCAUUCAGUAACAGGUAAAACCCCUUCAGAGCUAUUCUACAGAAGGAAAUUUAGGGAUAAAAUUCCAAUGGUUACUGAUGCGGGAAAUAAGUCUGAGGAUAGUACAGAAGUAAAAGAUAGAGACCAAGAAGGGAAAGAAAAAGGGAAGAUAUACGCUGACCGGAAAAGGAGAGCUCAGGAAUGUGAUUUGGAACCAGGAGAUAAAGUAUAUGUGAAGAACAUGAUUAAAGAGAACAAAUUAAGUCUAAAUUACGAUCCUACCUCUCAUACUGUACGGAAAUGUGUUGGUGGUGACUUAGAAGUUCAGAAUGAUGAAACUGGGCAAACGUAUAGGAGAAAUAUAGUUCACUUGAAGAAGGUUCAGGGGCAGUGGACAGUCCAUAACAAAGUAGCAGAAGAAGAAGAGGAUGGUUCUGAUGAAAGCAGCCAAUAA